AUGCGAACUCAUUCCUCGUCAGCUCGUGAAUCCGCUGGCGAAAAAUGCCCUGGCCAAGAUGCAAACUUGGACUUGAGGGAGGAGGAGGAGAUUGAACUUUUGACUACUGGGGAGCGAGCGGAGUCAGUUUACAAUAACAAGGCAGCGGAAGCAAAAAUCAAGUACUGGAGAGGGGCCGUCUACUGCCUUGCGCUGCUGUUAUUUAUCCAGACCUGCUUUACCUUCUGGGUUCUAAAAAGCCUCCCAAAUUGGACGGCAUGCGAAAUCGGAUUUGCAACCGACCUAGACGAUGCAAAGCCAUGGAUCUCACUCGAACAGACGCGCUUUACCAACUCCCUCAGAGCGGACGAAAAUGGCAUGCUUUACAAAUUCAGCAAUCCUGACGACCAGACCUACACUGGCGCACCGUCAGAGGAAAUUGAGAAAGCCUGGGACAAGCUUAUCAGUGGGCGUUACGUCCGCUUAAUGGAAUCCGAGAUCGUGAAACUCAACGGAAGUGCCUAUGAUCAUCCUCUGGAGCCAGUUGUGGCGAGAAAGCACAUGAUAACAUCUUCCGGUGUUUAUGGCGGCAUUGAUGUGAUGCAUUCACUCCACUGUGUUAAUGUAUUGAGGAAACACCUCAACUCGGUCGAUGACCUAGACGUGCACUUAUCGGCUCACUAUAAGCAAUUGCACCUCGAUCAUUGUAUAGACCAGCUUCGUCAGUCUAUAAUGUGCUCUGGAGAUUUGACCCCGGUUACGUUGCGGCCGGUAUGGGAAGGCAAGAAUCAUACUCAUCUGCUUCUCCUGGGGCAAACAGAACAGAAACACACAUGCAGAAAUUUCACUGCACUAAGAGAAUGGGCAGACCAGCGAGGGCAAAUGUAUGGCCAUAUAUUAUGGCCAUGA